GUGCGGCCUCCCCCCGCGCACGACCUCCCCCCGCGCGCGGCCUCCCCGGCGGCGCGGCGAGGCCUCCCGGUGACGCCCCCCCCCCCCCUCCCACGCACGAGGAUCUCCUCAGCAAAUUAGAGUGAAGGUUUCCUAAGUACCUGGACGGAUUCCUUUGUUGGUCGAUGGGUUCCAUAAAGCGUAACCCUGGCCAUUCCCCCCUCCCUUCUCUCUCUCGUUCUCUCCGGCACGGCCUCCCUUUCUUAGAGGCACCGGCGCGCCGCCCUGGGCCGGUUCUUCGUCGGGCGCUUCGCCGGCGACGAGGAUCCGGCGGGGGCAUGCGAGCCUGGAGCAUUAGUUGAUCGAAAAUGGUUAAACUCGAAGAUUAUGCCGAGGACGCCGGCCCAGAUGCUGAUGCCAGGGAUUCCAGGGGGGCUGCUGUGGAUCUACUGCCUGGCUCGGUGCAUGCCAGCUUGAAGGAGGAGGAAGGUCAACCAAGUUCUUCAUCCAGUAGUCUAAGACUACAAUUUAUUGGAAUGGGUUUUUCACCAAAGCUGGUAGACAAGGUGCUCCAGAGACAUGGUGACGAUGAUUCUAACACCAUAUUGGAAUCUCUUUUGUCCUAUUCUGACCUUCCGCUGUCAGGAUCUGAAUCUUCAGGUUCGUUGGGAAGUCUAUUUGAUUCUGAUAAUGAAGAAAACAAUUCUCCUUUAGAGUCUAGGAAAGGAAUCGACCAAGACAUCAAGCCGAAGCCUGAUUCUUUCUCAGAAAAGUGGUCAUAUUUACUCCGAACAAUGUACUUUUCACAACAAGAAGUUGAUUUAGCCUUCAAGAAACUGGGUGACGAAGCUCCAUUAGAACAGCUCGUAGACUGCAUUGUCAGUGCUCAAUCAGGAGGAUCCUCUGGAGAACUGGAAAAUGGUGAUGCUACAAAUGAGGGAAAGGCUGAAGCACUGUUUGGUGUUAUGGAGAAAACACUUAGCUUGCUUCAGAAGGGUUUUACCGAGGAAGAGGUGUCAUCAGCUAUUGACAAUUUUGGUCAGAGAGCAACAGUAGAGAUGCUGGCUGACUCAAUUUUGGCAAGGCGAAUAGCCAAUAGCGUUGAGCAGAAAGAGGUAAAAGUUGAAUCCGACUUGCUAGGCGAGGCAGAAACUGAUUAUUCGACGUACCAGCCCUCAUACUCUGCUGCGAGCUGUUAUGAUGAUGACAACAACAGCACACGUGUUAAAAGGGCUAAGAAUAUUUUUAUGGAUGACAGAGGGGCCUCCAGUAGUCAUCCUGUCAAUCCAUGGUAUAUGGGGCGUAGUGCAAGGAUCAGUGAUAUGCCUGUUAAGGAAGAACUUGAGGCAAUGACACCAGGCCGGCGUGCAAAUGUACGAGGCAACCUUGCUAAACCUCCAUAUUUCUUGUAUGGAAAUGUUGUUGAGGUCCCAAAAGACACAUGGCAUCAACUCACACAGUUUUUAUACAAUGUGGAACCUGAAUUUGUGAACAGUCAGUUCUUCUCAGCUCUAUCUAGAAAGGAAGGCUACAUUCAUAACCUUCCAGUGGAGAGAAGACGUUUUGUGGUUCCAAAGUCACCGAUGACUAUUGAAGAAGCACUUCCAUUCACAAGACAGUGGUGGCCCUCAUGGGAUACAAGGAAGCAUAUUAGUGUUGUUACUAUAGAGCCUGCUGGGAUUGAGCAGACAUGUGAUAGACUGGGGAGGAUGGUUAGAGAGUCAAGAGGAGUGCUUUCAGAAGAAAAGCAGAUGCAGAUUAUGCACCAAUGCAGGGUUUCAAACCUUAUUUGGGUUGGUCGGGACAAGUUAAGCCCAUUGGAGCCUCGUCAAGUGGAAAGAAUACUGGGCUACCCACAUAACCAUACAAAUCUGUUUGAACUAAGUCAAGCUGAUAGAUUUGCUGUGAUGAGAUAUGCGUUUCAGACUGACACUUUGGCAUACUUCUUAUCGGUUAUGAAAGACCAGUUUCCAGACGGGAUCAGAGUGCUCUCCAUCUACAGUGGAAUUGGAGGUGCUGAAGUAACAUUCCAUCGGCUAGGUAUUCCUUUGAAGUGUGUGGUGUCUGUUGAGGAAUCUGAUGUGAAUAGGAAAAUUCUGAGAAGGUGGUGGCUGAAAACUGAACAGACUGGAGAGCUGAGGCAGUUGCAUGGAAUUGGGAAGCUGAAAACUCAAGUGAUUGGAGACUUGAUCAAUGAGUUCGGUGGUUUUGACCUGAUUAUUGGUGGGAAUUAUACUUCUUGUAAAGGUGGUACAACAGUAAAUACAACAAUGGGCAUGGAUUCCAGCCGCUUCUUUGAAUAUGCCCGUGUUGUUAAGAGAGUGAGGACUGAAGUCGGACUUAAUUAACAACGGACAUGAUUCAAUGUUUUGCAUCUUUAGUGAGUUCUCGCCUUAGCAAAUUGGCAUGAACUGCCUUCUAGCAUUUUGUGAUCUACAAAUGUAGGAUGGUACAAGUAAACUUUGACAUAUUCCUUAGCUUUUUCAUUGUGGACAAGUGUAGAAUUUUAAAUGCAGUGGGUUAAUAUUUCUUCUGCCUGUUUGGUUCUCA